CGAAGAGCUGCCGUUGUCCAGCAGCCAGCAGAACAAUGUCCGGCUACGAUGACGACGAUCACCACCUCGCAUACGGCGAGUAUCAUGGCAGCGAUGGUGAGGAGGGCGAGCGCGGCUUCAUCGGCGACAUAGGCCGACACUUUCUGGGGCGUCAGAGGCCUGGUGCAGACCAGCAACCUGCUUAUAACCAUCCUCACUCCUCCAACGUAUCCGGAGGGUCCGCAUCUCAUUCAUUCUCGAGACCGACACCCACCGGAAUGUCGUCUUUCUUCCACAAGGUCCACGAGGGUCUGCACGACCUGAAGGAGUCGUUCACCGGCGGCGGUGAUGAGGGGCAGCAGCAGCAGGAGCAGCAGCAGCACAAUGAGGGCGGCAACGAGGGCGAGUACAACGCCGCUGGCGCUGGUCAGCAGCAAGGUCAGGGCGAUGGGAACCACUCCGACCAUCGCUUCCUCAGCUUUGCCCCUCAGCGUCACGACAACGACAUCAAGUGGUUCGUCGAUGCCUGCGGCUACAUGUGGGCUGUCUCGGAGGCUCUCGAGAAGGCCAGGGAGUCCAUUUGGAUUCUCGACUGGUGGCUCUCUCCCGAGCUGUACCUGCGUCGUCCUCCUGCGAGGAACGAGCAGUACAGAAUUGACCGCAUGCUUGAGGCUGCCGCUUCGCGGGGCGUCAAGGUCAACAUUAUCGUCUACAAGGAGGUGACGCAGGCGCUUACCCUGUCUUCUGCCCACACCAAGCACCACUUGGAGAAGCUCCACCCCAACAUUGCCGUUUUCCGCCACCCCGACCAUCUGCCCGAUCGCCAGACUGUCACACAAGAGUUCAUUGAUGCUUUCAAGAACAUCAGCCUUAGCGCGGAUGCCGCUUCGAAGCUGCCAGGUGACACCCUCAAGGCCCUCUACGGUAUGCACGAAGACACCGUCCUGUACUGGGCGCACCACGAGAAGCUCUGCCUUAUCGAUGGUCACAUUGCGUUCAUGGGAGGCCUGGAUCUCUGCUAUGGCCGUUGGGACACCAACCAGCACUCCAUCGCUGAUGCCCACCCUGGCAACCUUGACGACAUUAUCUUCCCUGGUCAGGAUUUCAACAACGCGCGUAUCAUGGACUUCCAAGACGUUGCCAACUGGCAGAACAACAAGCUGGACCGCACUGUGAGCUCGCGUAUGGGAUGGUCUGAUGUUUCCCUCUGCAUCAGCGGCCCUGUCGUGCACGAUCUCAAGAACCACUUUGUCCAGCGCUGGAACUUCAUCUACCACGAGAAGUACAAGAUCCGCGAGGAUGACAGGUACAAGCGCUUGUCGCUUACCGGCUCCGGAGCUCAGUCUGGCGGAGAGGGCUAUGACGAGGGUCUCGCCUACGGAGAGGAGCCUCAGCACCCUCCUCGCGGCCACACCUUCCGUGAGCGUGUGAGCGACCGCUUUGAGCAGGAAGAGGAACGGUUCGGCUUCCGCCCUCACCAGGGUGGUGAGCAGCGCGGUGGUGGAGACAACUCUCCUACCGGACCGUCGAACAUCCAGUUGACUCGUAGCUGCGCCAAGUGGAGCCACGGUGUUGAGAUUGAGCACUCCAUCCAAAACGCCUACGUUGAGAUCAUCAGGAACAGCAAGCAUUUCAUCUACAUCGAGAACCAGUUCUUCAUCACCGCCACUUGCGACGAUGCCAAGGCUGUCAAGAACAAGAUUGGUGCCGCCAUGGUCGAGCGUGUCCUGCGCGCCGCCAGGAACGGUGAGAAGUGGAAGAUGAUUGUCAUGAUCCCCGCUGUUCCCGCCUUCCCCGGUGACCUUCGCACCGACGAGGCUCUCAGCACUCGCGCUAUCAUGGAGUUUCAGUACAACUCCAUCAACCGCGGUCAUGGCAAGUCUAUCUACGAGCAGAUUGCCAAGGAGGGUGUCAACCCCAUGGACUACAUCCGCUUCUACAACCUCCGUACUUACGACAGGAUCAACGUCAGCGCUGCCAUGAAGGAGGCUGAGGACAAGGGCGGUGUCCAGUACGAGGAGGCUCGUCGCCAGCACGAUGUCGAGUAUGGCGGUGGCUACCAAGAGAACUACGGCGAGGACGCGCCUCGUUACGGUGACGAACCGCCUAGGCGCUCUGAGAACCCCGCGUACGGCGAUGAUGGCCAAGAGGCCGAUGAGCGCUACGGCCAGUACCAGGAGGGAGCGGAGCGCGCUGGCAGGCACCAAGGUCUUGGUACCGGCCGCUGGGAUACCGUCAGCUCCUGCUACAUGCUCGGCGGCGAGGAUCUCAGGAAUGUUCCGUGGGAGCACGGUAACGUGGAUGAGAUUGAUGCUUUCGUCUCGGAGGAGUUGUACAUUCACUCCAAGCUGCUCAUUGCCGACGACCGCAUCGUCAUCUGCGGCUCUGCCAACCUCAACGACCGCUCUCAGCUCGGUGACCACGACUCUGAGAUUGCUGUCGUCAUCGAAGACCCCACCCCCGUCGACUCGCUCAUGGACGGACAGCCCUGGCGUGCCUCUAAGUUCGCCGCUUCCCUCCGCAGGCAACUCUUCCGCAAGCACCUUGGUCUCCUCGUGCCUCAGGACAUUGAGAACCCCAACGAGAACUACAUGCCGAUCGGCGUGCCGAACACGUACGACUGGGGCUCGCAGGAGGACGAGAUUGUCACGGACCCCAUCAGCGACGAGACGCUCGACCUCUGGAACGGCCGGGCCAAGAGCAACACGGACGCCUUCCAGGAGGUGUUCCACUGCGUGCCGUACGACGGCGUGCGCACGUGGAAGGAUUACGACGAGUACUACGAGCGCUACUUCAAGGAAAGCAAGGACGACGACGACCACAAGGACGACGAGGACAGCGACAAGCCGCGCCGCUACAAGCGUGGCCACGUCGUGGCCGAGAAGUUCGCGCCCGGCCCGGAGGGUGCGGCGCAGGUCAAGGAGAUCCUCGGCCGUGUCCGCGGCAUGCUGGUCGAGAUGCCGCUGCUGUUCCUGAAGGACGAGGAUAUUGCGAAGGAGGGUGUGCAGCUGAACGCUUUCACGGAGGAGGUUUACACUUAAGCUGUGGGAGAAAAGUAUACGAGACACGCACUGGGAUAGUGCGCAUGAACGGUAUGACGAUGUUCAUGACCAUGGAUGGGUCCACUUAGAACAAACAAACAAAGCAACACGUAUGACACGGUCUUUGGAGAUUCAACCACUCACCCGAGUCGUUCAUGAUGAGUUAGUACAUUAUGUAUGCAGGCGAGAAUGGUAUAAAAAACAUUAUAGUAUGAGA